UAUAAUGUACAUCACUUACAUAACUCGUUGCGUCAUAAGAAUCAGAAGAGACAAUGUCAUUGGAAACGAGAUUACGUGAGUGUUGUGAGCUGGUGACAUAUACGUAGGAAGUGCUCAAGUAGAUCCUUCGGGUUUCGAAAUUGAUUGUGCAGAAUAUCAUUGUGAAUUCUGUUCAGAGUUGGCCAGAAAACAAGAUGAUGCUUGGAGGAACACCUGGGCCUACAAAUCCAAACAGCUUCUGGUUGAGAAGUAAAGGGAUGUGGCUGACGUAUGGUGCAGCAGUUUUAGGGCUACACUUCGUACUGUUAAGUUUCCCGUUCCUAAGUGUGGCUUGGGCAUGGACAUGUACAAAUAUUAUUCAUAAUACCACAGUGUUUGUUCUUCUUCAUUUUAUAAAAGGGACUCCAUGGGAACUAGGAGACCAAGGAAAAGCACACUUCUUAACCCAUUGGGAACAGAUUGAUAAUGGAGAGCAAUUUACCAAAACGAGAAAAUUUCUAACUGUAGUUCCUAUUAUCUUGUUUUUCCUGACAAGCUUUUACACCAAGAAUGACUCAUUUCAUUUUACUAUCAACUUCGCGUCCUUGCUGUUAGUUCUGUUGCCCAAACUGCCCCAGUUCCAUAAGGUUCGGCUAUUCGGUAUCAAUCGGUACUGACAGACUGUAAAGUGAGACUACUUAGGUUUGUAGGUCAUCUAGUGAUUGAGGAAAUAUCUGAAACAGCUAACUUUGGAUACUGGAAGACAAGGUAUAAAUGUGAAAACUAAAUUCUUUUAAUAGCUGAAGCACUGUUGUGUGUGAUAGUGAAAUAAUAUUUUGUGGCUACAUAAACAGUGUUACCAAAUCUUUCUGUGUUGGUAAUCGUUACUGUAUACUGGUAUGAUGUCAUCAGUAUUCUAGUUUGUAUUUCUACAGUGUUUACUAUUGUAUUAUGCUUUUUAUUUUAAUAUCCACUUUUGUUAUCCUAUCAUCAAAUUCCUCAUCUGUAGUAUAAUUCAUUGUAAGAUUAUAUCAUUACGGUGUCAAGUUAAUGACAAAUACACAAUAAAAGUUAUGCGCAACAUU